AUGAGCAACAUGAAAGGCGAUUUAGUUGUAUCCUUCCUUUCUCCAAGCUCACCCCCCAUUUCCAGUAUUGCAUCUAGCCCGUUAGAGUCAGUGUGCUCGACCAAAGACGAUUUACCCGAGCAGAAUCUUGCAGCAAAGGUAUACCUCCAAUGUCAAAGACUAUGGGAAAGUUCGGAAAUCAAGAUCGGAGACGAAAUCCAGACUGCCAGGCAUCGAAGCUUUCCCAUCACAGUUUCGGAUGAGAAUGGCAGUGAUGAGUUCAUUUUUCAAGUUCCAAACGAUACGUCUGACAUUGAACUUACGGCCGCUGUGUACAACUACAUCCACCAGGAGCUUGAUCUCAAGGCUAACACGCCUAGGGUCCAUCACAAGAACAGCGGCUUUGAUGGGCCUGUAGGCCACCCAUAUCUGGUCUUCUCUCGCCUACCGGGUCUUUCCCUCCAAGAAACUUGGCCAAAUCUCACUCAUGAACAGAGACUAUCUGUCGCUCGUCAGGUCGGCGAAUUAUACCUUGAUCUCCAAUCCGCAACCAACUCGCACUGCGGACUGUUCAAGGUGCCCAUGGAUAGAUAUGGCCAUAGCAUGGAAGGUAGUGUUCUCCUCGAGGCCUUUGGACAACAGCGCUAUCAUCUUGAAAAUACCGAAAGAGACUCGAUCGAGCUCGAGGAAGAUGGUCUAGUUAACCUUAAUAAUCUACGUAAAGACCCGCCUGGUCUGUCCGCACGAGACAUGGCGAUUCUGACAUUUGAAAGGCGGAAAUAUUAUUCUUCGGCAUCUCGGCGACAGUGGUUGGAAGAAUACACGGACAAAGCCGUUGACAUGAUCAAAGCGAUUACUCACAAAGGCUUACUGGACGACACCAUUUGCAUUUGGCACCGUAAUAUCUCUGCUGAGAAUAUCUUGAUAGAACGAGAUGCUAAUGGCGAACCCAAGAUCACGGGGCUACUGGGCUGGGACGGUGCCGGAUUCGCACCUCGCUUCAUGACCUGCCGCGCUCCACAGUGGCUCUGGACGCGCGUGGGAACCAAAGUUGUACGAUUUGCGCCUGGGCCAUGUGACGGCAACAUACAUGUCAGCAAAGGGUAUCCCGAGAUGGACGAGGAGCCCUUCGAGGCCUUUGAGCCGACAAAAUCUGAAGCGAAGAAAAUCAAGGCUGCAUUCGACGAGGCCGUUGGAGAGGUAUUCACAAGGGCAGCUUACGACACUCAUAUGAUUAUUGCUCGGCGCCUAAUGCAUGUAGCAGCUUGCAGCGUUUGGGAUCUAGACCAUACUCAAGAAUUAGCUAUGAUAUUCGCGGAAUGGGAGCAUCGAAAGAUUCGAGCAGAGAAGCUGAAAGAGGGGGUUCGCAACAUGUUGGACCGUGGUGAAGUCCGUAGGCGGGGCAGCCUGUAA